AGUGAAAGCUGGGGAAAGUGCUUUUUUUUUUUGUUUGGAUUGGAUGUCUACAUUGUUUAUACGACUACCAGCGAAGAAUGUAUUCCGCAACGUGUGAAGCUCCCGUAAAUAUGGCCCUUGUGAAAUACUGGGGCAAAAGAAACGAGGAACUGAUACUGCCCAUCAAUGACUCCAUCAGCAUGACACUUGACGCAAAUGAGAUGUCGGCAAAAACAACCGUUGCUGCUUCCGAGAGUUUUAAACAAAAUCGCAUGUGGCUGAAUGGUGAGGUCGUUCCAUUUGAGGAUAACGCACGUCUCAUGCGUUGCCUUGAAGGCGUGCAGCGCUUGGCACUGGCCAACGGCGGUCUCAAAUUUCCCCUCUCAUGGAAACUACACAUUGCAUCCUACAACAAUUUCCCCACUGCAGCUGGCCUGGCUUCGAGUGCAGCCGGAUACGCCUGCUUAGUGUACACGCUGGCACGCCUAUACGAGAUACCAAUGAACGAGCAGCUUACAACGAUUGCACGCCAGGGCAGCGGUUCCGCCUGCCGCAGCUUACACGGCGGCUUCGUGCAAUGGCAUCGAGGAAUAGAGGAUGAUGGCAGCGAUUCGAUUGCCGAGCAACUGGUGACCGCCGAACAUUGGCCCAACAUGCACAUGCUCAUACUGGUAGUGAACGAUGCACGCAAGAAGACGGGCUCCACAAAAGGCAUGCAAAGUGCCGUGGAGACAUCAGCAUUAAUACAACAUCGUGCCACAACGAUUGUGCCGCAACGUAUCAAAGAACUGAGGACGGCGAUUCAAGCGCGAGACUUUAAGACGUUCGCCGAGCUGACGAUGAGGGAUUCAAAUCAAUUGCACGCCAUUGCGUUGGACACUUAUCCGCCUUGUAUUUACAUGAAUGAUGUGUCGCAUGCGAUAGUGAAUUUCGUGCAUGAUUACAACGAAUCCGUUGGAGAAGUGAAGGCAGCCUAUACCUUCGAUGCUGGACCCAACGGAUGCCUCUAUGUGUUGGCUGAAAAUGUGGCGCCUCUCUUGGCAGCCAUUCAGGUGGCAUUCCCCAACGAUGCCCAGCAAAGUGUCGAGUACUUGAAAGGCAUUCCAGUGCCACCAAUUGAGCUCAAGAAGGUGGCCACAAAUGGAAUUGCGGAACAUGUCAAUCCCAAGAAUCUGCUGAAAUACAUCAUUCAUACCAAGAUCGGAGACGGACCAAGACAGCUCAGCGAUGAAAAGAGCCUUUUAAUCGACGGUUUGCCACUGCCUAAAUAACUUUUGUUAUCCAGUAUUUUUGCGGUCACAAAUUGCGAAGGUUUUAGCUAAUUUAUAGUUCUAUAACGGGUUGGGUUGGGAGCCUUCGAAUCUUAAUUUAUUUUACCUUACUUUAAGGUAGCUCAACAUUGACACUUUUUUACCUUUGCACCUUCAUUGUAUUUAUUUUGUUGUUAACCCAUUUGCAAUAAACAUUUUUCCUGUACUUUGUUAUCUUA